GCCCUCCACCCGCCCCGGGGUCUCUUUCCCCCUUCCUCCUCCUCCUCCUCCACCCCCCCCUUCCUCCUCCGCCCGCCCGCGGGGCCCCCCUCGCCUUCCCGCCCGCCCCUAUUGUUCCGCCCCCGGCCUCCCGCCCUUCCCCUUCCCGCCCGCUCCCCUUUUCCCCUCAGUCGCCUCGCGCCUGCAGUUUUUGGCUUUCACCCCCAUCAGUGACCAAAGACUUGACCACUCAAAGUCCAGCUCCCCAGAACACUGCUCGACAUGGACACCGGUGUGAUUGAAGGUGGAUUAAAUGUCACUCUCACCAUCCGGCUACUUAUGCAUGGAAAGGAAGUUGGCAGUAUCAUUGGAAAGAAAGGAGAAUCAGUUAAGAAGAUGCGUGAGGAGAGUGGUGCACGUAUCAACAUCUCAGAAGGGAAUUGUCCUGAGAGAAUUAUCACUUUGGCUGGACCCACUAACGCGAUCUUCAAAGCCUUUGCUAUGAUCAUUGACAAACUGGAAGAGGACAUCAGCAGCUCUAUGACCAAUAGCACAGCUGCCAGUAGACCCCCAGUUACCCUGAGGCUGGUGGUCCCUGCUAGUCAGUGUGGCUCUCUCAUUGGGAAAGGUGGUUGCAAGAUCAAGGAAAUACGAGAGAGUACAGGGGCUCAGGUCCAGGUGGCAGGGGAUAUGCUCCCCAACUCAACUGAGCGGGCCAUCACUAUUGCUGGCAUUCCGCAAUCCAUCAUUGAGUGUGUGAAACAGAUCUGCGUGGUCAUGUUGGAGACUCUCUCCCAGUCCCCCCCGAAGGGCGUGACCAUCCCGUACCGGCCCAAGCCGUCCAGUUCUCCAGUCAUCUUUGCAGGUGGUCAGGACAGGUACAGCACAGGCAGCGACAGUGCGAGCUUUCCCCACACCACCCCGUCCAUGUGCCUCAACCCUGACCUGGAGGGACCACCUCUAGAGGCCUAUACCAUUCAAGGACAGUAUGCCAUUCCACAGCCAGAUUUGACCAAGCUGCACCAGUUGGCAAUGCAACAGUCUCAUUUUCCCAUGACGCAUGGCAACACCGGAUUCAGUGGCAUUGAAUCCAGCUCUCCAGAGGUGAAAGGCUAUUGGGCAGGUUUGGAUGCAUCUGCUCAGACUACUUCUCAUGAACUCACCAUUCCAAAUGAUUUGAUUGGCUGCAUAAUCGGGCGUCAGGGCGCCAAAAUCAAUGAGAUCCGUCAGAUGUCUGGGGCGCAGAUCAAAAUUGCGAACCCAGUGGAAGGAUCUACUGAUAGGCAGGUUACCAUCACUGGAUCUGCUGCCAGCAUUAGCCUGGCUCAAUACCUAAUCAAUGUCAGGCUUUCCUCGGAGACGGGUGGCAUGGGGAGCAGCUAGAACAAUGCAGAUUCAUCCAUAAUCCCUUUCUGCUGUUCACCACCACCCAUGAUCCAUCUGUGUAGUUUCUGAACAGUCAGCGAUUCCAGGUUUUAAAUAGUUUGUAAAUUUUCAGUUUCUACACACUUUAUCAUCCACUCGUGAUUUUUUAAUUAAAGCGUUUUAAUUCCUUUCUCUGUUCAGCUGUUAAUGCUGAGAUCCAUAUUUAGUUUUAUAAGCUUCCCCCCCCUUUUUUUUGGCUCAUGAAUUUUUUUUUUCUGUUUGUCAUGGAAAUGUAAGAGUGGAAUAUUAAUACAUUUCAGUUUAGUUCUGUAAUGUCAGGAAUUUUUCAAAAAAAUUAAAAGAUGGACUGGAGCUUUUUCUUUGUGAAUAGAAACUGGAUGCCACAGUGA